AGGAGUAAAGGCAGGGGGUGAAAGAGGGGCAUUGUGCUGUGCAGCCGUGGAUCCGGGGGUUCACAGUGAGAGAGGGGAGAUGCUCACUCAACUGUGUCCAGCUCGCCAUUAGAUUUCCCCUUCUUCUCGUCUAAGGGUUUACCCGAGAACCUGCGAGACCUGCGCUCCUUUGGGAUAUUGAAUGCGCGCAGGGGCUCGUUCAAGUGCGCAAAAAAACGUGUCUGGUGCCGUUGGAGCGGCUGAUGCCCCCCUCUCUGUCUGACUCGCCGUGAAUCAUGUCACGCCGGAAACAGAAGAGACCCCAGCAACUCGUCAACGCAGAUCCGGGGGGCCCGAAGCUCAUGCAAGAUGACCAUCUCAGCCUAAAGUCACCAUCCACCUCCCUGGGAUCAGACCUAACCUCGUCAGGUUCCUCCUCCUCAUCUCCCACCUCGCUGCAAGACUGCCAGCCUCCCCUGGCCACUCGCCCGUCCCCUGGAGGGCUCCACGCGCCUUCCUUGCCCAGCGAGAGCUCACCUCCUCCCCACUGGCCCAGCCACAUCGCUCCCUUCACCACGUCCCUCCCCAACACCCACUCCUCCCUCUCGCCAGACUUCCCUCACCCAUCGCUGUCUUCCCAGACUCAGUCACCUCCUCCCCUGGAUCAAUCCUCUGGUACCCACAGCCUGAACCACCAAGUCAACACACACGCCACCAUGACCUCUCCCCCAAUGGGCAGCUCUGCCACCACUACUACCUCUUCCUCCUCUUCUUCUUCCUCCUCCACUCAGCAACCUCAGCCAGACAGCUCCAGUCCUGGUCAGCAGCAGUCUUCCCUCUCGACAGGGGAGCAGGGGCAGAUCCAGGUGCCUCCAACCCUGGCGGUGCUCUUAGAAGAACUGAGGGUCCUCCAGCAGCGGCAAAUCCACCAGAUGCAGAUAACAGAGGAGAUCUGUCGGCACGUCCUCAGGCUCGGAGGAGCUGUCUUUGGCCAAGAUAACGGCGCACAAGCCAGUGGGGCAGACAGCAACCAGAAGUCCACUGGAAAUACAUCUUCAUCACCUACACAUCCUUCAACCAAUACUCCAGUAACCACGGCUUCAUCCCUUUUGACUGGACUUCCAUCUUCCCUCUUCCCUCAGCCAGCCGUCUCCAAAUCAGGUGCUUCACUUAUCAAUGGAGAAAUGCUCCAAUCCUCCUCCACUUCCAGCUCAUUGUCAUCGUCCUCUGCCUUAGCUAUUUCCUCAAGCAUCAAUUCAUCUGUUGCCUCCCUGCAUCCGCUAUCGCUGUCUCUGGGUCUGUCGCCACGCUACCUCCAUGAGAAAUCAUCCAACGGCUCUUCGUUUGGUCACAGCAGCGCCAUCAGCUUCCAAACUCCUCCCCUCUCCACGACCAGUCACUCGCAGGAUCUUCAGUCCAGCUCGUCCCUCUCCUCUGCCUCCUCGUCAGGCCGCCCUCAGCAUGUCUGCAGGUUCUGUGGGAAAGUCCUAAGCAGCGAUUCCUCCCUCCAGAUUCAUCUGAGGUCGCAUACGGGGGAAAGGCCCUACCAGUGUCCGGUGUGCCUGAGUCGUUUUACAACCAGAGGGAACCUCAAAGCCCAUUUCCUGAGACACAGAGAGCAGAACCCGGAGUUGUCCCUCUCUCUGCUGCCCCCCGCACUUUCAGAGCAGACACAGAGUGGCUCAGCUCCAGGUGCAGGUCCAAGGAGGCGAAAACGGCGGGCUGAUGAUGACGAGGCAUAUAACGGCGUGAAAGGAAGUGUUCCCGGCAUAACAGAGAGCAUGGCUUUAGGACUACUGUCUGGUGGCUCGACUCGGCCCUCGCCGUCCUCUCUACCUCUGCCCCCCUCGGUGGACAUGGCUCUUCUCUCCACAGCUCAUUCCCUGCUACAGUUAAACAGAGCCUCAGCAGCUGCUGCCAGCACAACCAGCACUGCUCUGUCGUCGUCAUCUCCUUCUUCCUCUUCUACUUCUAGUCAGUAUAAAGGAGCUAAACAGCAGCGGUUUGAUGAAAACACUCCUCCCCACUCUGCUCUCCACCCUACUUCACCCUACUCCCAGCUUGCCCAUCUCCCUAAGAUACUUUUCCCUGGAGGUGCUUCCCCCCACCACCUUGCACUUCUAAGGCCGCCAGGCCACCCAUCCACUUCCCACCUCUCUUUACCUCAUCAGCUACCCUUCCCCUUCCCUCCUUUUCCCAAGCCAUCCGCCUCCUCCCCCUCCUCCUCCGCUCCCACGACCUCCACCCAGACUUCAGACACUUCCAAGCUGCAGCGGCUGGUGCAGAAGCUGGAAAAGCAGCCACAAGGCGGUGCCUCCUCCUGCUCUUCUGCAUCCUCUCCUUCCACCUCCUCACAAAACUCCGCUGAGGUUAAUGGGGAUACAAAUGUCCGUGACCUGACCACCACCUCAAGUGCCUAUCGCAGAGAGAUGCUGGCUGCUCUCGGACUAAGCCCUAGUGUUAGUGCUGCGAUGACUGGUCAGGGAGUCUCAGGUUCGGGCCCUACAACCACCACUUCCUCCCUGCCCACAGCCCCAGUUGCUAAUCAGUGUGGCGUGUGUAUGCGUGUUCUUAGCUGCCCCAGAGCUCUUCGCUUGCACCAGGCCACACAUCUGGGAGAGCGUCCCUUUCCCUGUAAGCUUUGCGGACGUUCUUUCUCCACAAAGGGCAGCCUGAGAGCACAUCUGGCCACUCAUCGUGCAAGGCCACCAAAUGCCCGCGCCCUCAAUUCUUGCCCUCUGUGCCCACGCAAGUUCACCAAUGCCUUAGUUCUCCAGCACCACAUUCGCCUGCACCUUGGGGGCCAAAUACCACCUGAUGAGGAUAUGCCACCUGAAGAUGGGGCAGAAACAGAAAGUGCUGCAUUUAAAGACAGUCACAGCGAGCCUAUUAGCGCCCUAUCAAAGGUGCAAAUACUUCCACUUGCCUUAACAACAGGGUCCAAGUCUCCAGUGGAGGCUCUCACCUCAGCAUCCUGUUUUAAGCUGUCCAAAGCUACUGACUCAGACUCUGUGAAGACUGAGGAAUCUGAGCGUUCAACUCCAAGCGUUAGUCCACCUCUGAGCUGUAAUCCCCCCUCACUGGGAGCUGAAAAGACUCUGCAGCUUGCAGAUCUUGCCCCAGCUGAAAGUCCCACGGAGGAGAAAACCCACGCAGAUCUGGGCACUGACAGCCCGUUUAAAGCGCCCUUACCUAGCGUUCAUUCGGUUGUAGACAAGUUAGACUCUGUCUCUGAGGACACUCCUCUCUCCCUCUGCAUUGCAAAGCCUGCCAUUGAAAAUGCUACACCCAGACUAGUUAACAGCGAUGUAAAACUUUCCACAAGCGAGCGUGCAGCCAGUCCCGGUCAUACCACAAACGCCCCAGCCGCAAAUCCUGUACCUUCACUGACGCCUCCUGCCAGCCCCGGAGCUACCCUGGAAGCAGAGGAGGCUGCUAGCAGUGUUUCACAGGAGACGCGAGGGAGAAACAUUCCUAAUAGUAAAGGGAAGAAUGACGUCACCACACCCAGAGAGUCUCUGUCCAUGGCUGAACCGGAGAGUAAAGAAGCACCUGUAAAGGAGGACUGUGCUGCCCUAAAAAAGCCGUCUGAUAGCCCAGAGACCUCUACAGCAGCAUCAGCACCACCUGCUCAGCCUGCUCGACCUGACAAGCCCUACAGCUGCGCCCACUGUGGAAAGGCAUAUGCCAGCCGGAGUGGACUUAAGGGUCAUAUGAAAAUGCACCCUGGAGUUUCAACGAAUGCCCCAGGCAAGGCUCAAACCAAUGAAAGUGACCCAUCGGAGGAUCGCAGCGCAGCAACUAAAACCUCUGGGCAGCAGGAGGAGAAGCAGGGACUGGUCCCCGAGAAAGGCGACAGCACAGACCUGCCCCCAGCCAGCGGCGGCUCCGAUGUGACCACUGAAACUACGGACGCUACAAAAUAGAAAGUGUUUCACUAGAUCCUGACAAAGGGAAUGUAUUCUUAAUAGAGUAAGGUUGGUUUUGUAGAUUCUGUAAUUCUAACUCAUAUUUAGUAUAAGACAAAUAGGUAUAGAUUAUUUUUAGUACUAUGACAGGAAAAUUGUGAAUGUAGUAUUUCCGCUGUCUAUUUUUGUACUUCAAAGACCACAGUGAGGCCUUAUCUUACACCCUUCGACGCAUUGUCCACUUGUGCUUUGCUGACACAUUUCAGCAUGUACUGUAUAAUUUCUUAUGAGUAGUAUACGUUGUUUUCUUUUUUUUUUUUUUUUUAAGGGAGUGUCCAGACGUUUCAUACCAAAACAGGCCAAGUUAUUAAUGGCCAUUGAACUGUACAUACAAGCUGCGGUUGCCUUUUUCUUUUUUUUUUUUAUUCGCUACCGUUUUCUCUCCUUUGUUUUGAUGCUGCUUAACGCGUGUUUUCCGAUGUGCUGAGUUGCACUGUGAGUUGCACUGUGUCCCACGCUGCUAAAACAUCUGCUGAACAAACUCGCCCCUGCGAUGGUUGCGAGUACGAUGGCUGUAUUGUCAGUUCCGUGUGGUUACAGUAAAACCUUUUUGAUGAUGCUGAAUGUCUUCCCCCCCCCCCCGUUAUUUUUAUUUUCUCUGUGUGUGUGUCUGUGGUGCUAUCUGAAACCCCGAACAAGGAUGAGCCGCUCACUGCUCCCUCCACUCGUUCCGCUGUUCUCUCAGCGCACUCGAGGGUGCUUCACUCCUUCGCAAAUCGUAUGCACUCACUAGAUUCUCCCGCUUUGCUCAGUUUAGUAUUUGUAUGCUUUGCCUUCUCUCUGAAGCCCCCCCUCUCUCUUUCUUGUAGCAAUGACAGAAUGUGUUCCCACGCUUCCCAUGUGAUGUAAAAAAAAAAAAGUAAAUAAAACAAUGGCAAUGCGAA